AUGGGAAAUACAACCGAGAAAGAAGGAAAUCGAACUUCAGUAUCCUCGAAAUGGGGUCCCUCAUACUCGAGCACGCAAACUAGGGCUUUCAAGAACCCUGGUAGGCUCAGCUACCGCAACGCCGCCCUCAUCACGCUCCUCCACUCACCUCUUCUACUGAACUGGAUUGAAGAGGUCCACCCGGCAAGACACAGCUGUGGAACGACAAACAUGAGCCUUCUCUGCGCUAUGCACCACCUUAUUGGAUUCUACUGGUUUGGGGACGUGCAACAUAAGACGCACGAGUUCUGUAUGGAGCGAGUAUGGAACAAGCUACUAGCGACGACAUGGAGCGGUGCGAACCUGGACAAGCCACAAGACAUCAAAGACUUCCUAGGAGCGUUCUUCGAGCAACUUACAAUGGAGAUGAAGAUUGACGCCGACAAAUACUGGGAGCUGCAGCGGAUUGUUCGAGUCUGUCUCAAGACGCGCCUUGUCUGCAAAGAGUGCGGGAUUCAGGCCCCAGCGGGUGAUGAGAGACUACUCCUACGCGCCUCAUUUCCUGACAUCAACGUACAGCCGCCUUGGUAUGACGUUGCUGAAGCAAUCCAGCAUAACCUGGAGCAGGCUACACUACCUUGGGCUUGUGACAAGUGUCUCAAAUCAAACAAGCAUAACGGCUCUGCCGAGCCUACUUUGUCUACCAAGCAUAUCGAGAAGCUUCCGGAGAUUCUUUUUGUCGGCGUCGCCUACUAUGGCCACCGAGGGCAGCUGAAUGGCCGUCUCAAGCUCGAGGAAACACUGACUAUAUCCAAUGACCUGCAAUACCCUGGAUCUUCCGGCGAAGGGGAAAUUCGCUAUGAGCUCUAUUCGAUCAUCUUCCACAAGAAAUCCGCUACAGAUGGCGAGUAUGCAAGUGCGGUUAAAGGCCCUGGUGGCAAAUGGGCACUUGUCGAUAGCAACUUUGUUACCGAUGAAUUGACGCUCGACAAGCUUUUGGACACAGCUGAUGCUCAACAGCUAGCACGCAUACUCGCCUACCGCCGACUCCCUCCCAACGGAACGCCCUCAGGACCCGCAGUCCCGAAAAUCCCAAUCCAGACAGCACCCAUCGCCCCUAUGGCGAGACAAAAUCAACCAAGCACGCCCAUCGCCCAGGUCGCUGGCGGCUCUGGAGUCGAUCUAGAGCAAGUCAUAAACCUGCGCGACGGAAUCGAAUGGACAGUCAAGCAGCACCUCCCACUCCCUGUCGGAGUAGACCGCCUCCUUGACCUAAAGGGCAAAGCAAGGACGCAGCGCGCCAAAUUCCGUCUCACGUUCACAUCCCCGGAGUCAGGCGAAGUACUCGAGGGCGAGGCCUACAUCUCCCUCACGCAGAAGAAUAAGCGGAAAGCUAAUGUGCGUGACGGGCCUCCCAAGAAGCGCGGACGUCCGCUGGGAUCCAAAACGGGCACUGGUAUUGCAAAGAAGAAGGCAGAGCCCAAGCGGGCGAAGACUCCGGAUCCUCCGAUUGUUACUGUAUUGGGUGUUCCCCGGCCUGGUGAGGCUGUCCUGCCAAAAGUUAUCAGUCCAGUCGAGAAGAGCCAGCGGCCGGAUGGUACAGAAGUGUCUGAGGCGCCAAUCGUGGUGGCAUCUGAGGAGCCGAGUCCCGACGACGAGAUCGAGCACGAUGCAGCAGAUGAAGCAGGAGCUCCUCUCGUAGAAAAGAUGGAUACCGACGAUCAGGACUCUGAAGCUAAAAGCCCCACGGAACGGGAAUGCCCAAUGGAUAUACAACCCGCGAGCAUCGUGCUGGACGAUUCCGACGACGAUAGCGAGCCGGUACGUCCAUAUGCGAGAAGUGCCCGACCUGAGACUUUCAUCCCUGAAUCCUAA